UCAGCGAGAUCAAGAAGAUGACACUAUUUCUCCUUCAAUCAUACACAACCAACCUAAAACAGUUCUGACAAUGUUGAGAUUAGGCCAAUGUAAGUUUUGGACAUGUGUCUUUUUGCACUGUUUGAGACAGAAAGUUUUGCACCGACCUCUUAGAAUAAACAGUUCAUUCAUGGUUGGGCUCGAGCAGCGGGAUGUAAGCCCUGAUUUCACUGAUGAACAACCUAUUGUGAUGUAUCCUUUAUAAACAGAUGGCUUUCUGAAACAGAAGGGCCCUGUGUGCAGCCUGUGGUCAUGACCAGUUGGCAGCUGAAGAAGCGCAUUGUCCCAGUUCUUUCAUUCCCAUUAGACGUUUCCUCCCAGCAACCAUUUAUAGCUGCAUAAGGACAGGCUUCAGUUUGUACAGUUUGGCUGGUCUUUCUUCAGUACAAUCUACCUUAUUUUUCACAUUCAUCAUUAGGUGAGGAUCAGUAAAACAGUGAAGCCUAGAGCCUAACCUAGGCUAUCUUUUAUUUAUUUUAUUUUAUACACAUUUUUGGCGUAUACUGCCUUGGAUACAUAACAGUAGCGCUGUAAUCCAGGUAAAAUCACUUGGGUUCAAAUAAGAGCCAUGUGUAGUGGCGACAGCUGAGCAGGUGUGCUUAAUUGGAGCAACACGUGACGGAUAAUGGCGUCAGAGGAGAGUGCCCAUUGUCCGAUAUAACUGAAAGACAUAAAAAAAAUAAUUAAAAAAAAGGAAAAAAUGAUUUACACAGCUGUGAAGCUGGGCGUGGUCCUUGUGCUUCUCAUUGGACCCGAGUUCAGAAACUCUGUUAAUGGUCUCUGCAGUGUGCGGCACUGUACUAACAGCGAUACUUGUACUGUCUCCAAAGACCAAAGGAGCUGCAAGUGUGUCCAGGGUUAUUAUGGCGACCGCUGUGACCAAAGUGCACAUAUUCAAGUGAACUGUGAAAGAGACUCCAUCAGUAUCAGAGCUUUAGAAAGUUACUUCACUUACCUCAGAGUGCCCCUCAACUCUUUGCAUUUGCCCAACGAGUCAUGUCGUGCUCAGAGAGAGGUGAUCAAUGGGGUUGCAUAUUAUACGGCCAAGGUCUCCAAAAAACAAUACUUAUUUUGUGGAGGCAAACCACUGGAGAAAAACAUCACUCAUAUCGCCUAUUCGUUAACCUUGAUGUCAAACCCACGGAUCACUGGAAACAUUAUCAGAGAACCUGCCAUUAAGCUUGACUUCCAAUGUGUCUUUCCAUACCUCCGGACAGUCAGCCUGAAAUACCCCAUCGUCCCAUUUUUCAGUGAAACUGUGGUGCGAGUGGAUGAAGUUGAUGCUAAAAUCCAGAUGAUGCUUUACACAGACCACUCUUACACUGAGGCCUACAGCACUGCCCCCACCAUUGAACUGGGCCAUAAGGUGUUUGUGGAAGUGAUGGUGACUGAACCUGCAGAAUUUUUUCUACUUCGGGUCGAUGAGUGUUGGGCCACACAGACUCCACAGCCUAACUCCACAGCUGGUUCUGUUCAUACACUCCUCCAGAAUGGAUGUGUUGAAGAUGACACGGUUACCUUUCUUAACAAGAGCAACUCAGACUUUGGGAAUGGUGCAGGCUCUGUUGUUCGCUACAGCUUUGAAAUGUUCAGGUUUGCAGAAGAGCCCUAUGAUAUGUAUCUACACUGUGCUGUUCAGCUGUGUGAGCCAGAGGAUCACAGGACCUGCAUACCAAACUGCAACUCCAUAAUCAAAAGGGAAGCGGUCAUGGAUGAUGGGACCCAUGGCCUCCUCUCAUAUGGCCCAAUCAAGCUGGAUGUGUCAGAAAAACCUCAGUCCAACAUCGUGACAACAGUGGUGCUGCCUGUAGCUGGAGUUUGGACUGUUGGCUUUUUUAUAGUUCUCCUCAUUAUAGUGGCAAAGGCGGGCAACCGGAGAGCAGCUCAAGUAUUCAGCUGACAAUAACUACUGUCGAUGUGAAUAAAAGCAAAUAUGA